AUGUGCUUCGGAAGGAUAUCGGAAUAUUUUUGCCGUUUUCUAUCUAUCUAUCUAUCUAUCUAUCUAUCUAUCUCUUUGCGUUCAUAUGUAUCUAUCUAUCUAUCUAUCUAUCUAUCUAUCUCAGUCUAUUUCUUUCUAUCUAUCUAUUUAAUUAUCUAUCUAUCACAGUCUGUUCGAAUCUCUCUCUCUCUAGAUAUAUCACAGGCUGUUCAAAUCUAUCUAUCUAUCUUAGUCUUUUCAUAUCUAUCUAUCUAUCUAUCUAUCUAUCUAUCUAUCUAUCUAUCUAUCUAUCUUAGUCUUUUCAUAUCUAUCUAUCUAUCUCAGUCUAUUUCUAUCUAUCUAUCUAUCUUAGUCUAUUUCUUUCUAUCUAUCUAUCUAUCUAUCUAUCUAUCUAUCUAUAUCUAUCUAUCUAUCUCAAUUUUUUAUUGCUGUCAUGCUUUUUAUCUAUCUAUCUAUCUAUCUAUCUAUCUAUCUAUCUAUCUAUCUGUCUCUCUCUCCUCUGUUUCUAUCUAUCUAUCUAUCUAUCUAUCUAUCUAUCUAUCUAUCUAUCUAUCUAUCUUAUUCUAUUCAUAUCUAUCUAUCUAUCUAUCUAUCUAUCUAUAUAUCUAUCUCAUUCUAUUCAUAUCUAUCUAUCUAUCUAUCUAUCUAUCUAUCUAUCUAUCUCAGUCUGUUCAUUAUCUAUCUAGCACUGUCUGCCCAUGCCUAUCUAUCUAUCACUGUCUGCUUAUAUCUAUCUCAUGA